AUGAUUACCCGAUAUACCAAAGUAUGCCCUGAGUCGAAGAUCGCCUUGCUUGGAUACUCUCAGGGUGCGCAGAUCACAAGUAAUAAUUUGUGCGGAACUCCUCCUGUUUGGUUGGCAGGGAAUCCCUCGCUUGCUCCGCUGCCAAAAAGCAUUAUCGAGAACCACAGUAAUAUGAAUCCAGUUCUUCAACCAAGAUCUGAAACGAAAUUGACAGUACUUCUAGUCGUGGCUGUUGUCUUGUUUGGCGACCCUACCUUUCGUUCCGAUGACAGCUUUGCGAGAGGGACUGCACAGGGGAGCGGUAUGUUUUUCAGAGGUAAUCACACAGCCUGCAACGCUGUCGGCGACCACAUUGCCUCCUACUGUGAUGCUGGCGACCCAAUUUGCGAUGUCGAGUCGGAGGUCACAGAAACUAACAUGCACGUCACGUAUCUUGAGAGAUACCUCGAAGAGUCUGCUGAGUGGGUAGUGGAGCGAUUCAGCAAAGGUUCAAGCGAAAGUCCCAGUCCAGGAGGGAAUAACGCAACAACAUCGGCUGUGGUGGUUCCGAGCGCUUUGCCAACUGAACAGUCCAACGCUGCUCGUGAAGUGACGUCUCUUUUGACUGUCUACAUACCAGCACUCAUGGUUGCUGUUGUCAUGAGCUAG